CCAUGUUCUUAUAAAUCUUAUCCAAAACCAGUGUGUUCUCUUAUAACUCUUGUUCCUCCUUGGGGUUUCCAUGUAUCACCCAUUUCCUUCUUCAUUAGCUUCUAAACAUGGCGAGUUCGCGUCUCCCGAGGUUGUUUAUGGAGGUUGCUCCACCGCAGUUUGUGACCGUCAUGAGGCGUAGAACGAGAAAGAUGUUGGAUACCAUCAAAGAAGAGGAUAGAGAUUUCAUCAACGAUGAUAACUCGUUUUCCCCUAAGUCGAAGAGCUUACCGGCUUUGAUCACUACCGGUGCCAUGGUAGCCGCUUCCGCAGCUUCGUCUUCUUCGACCACUACGGUGACGGCCAGCUCCAAGUAUUUUGUGAAAGGGGCGUCGAGUUUUUCGAUUUUCAAUGAGUAGAUUGACUUGUUUGAUUUCUUAUGUAUUGAAUUUAAAGUUGUAUAUUUUCUUAACAGAGUCCGGGGGAUUGGCCUGGCCUGAUGAUGGCCAAGAAUUU